AGCGAAUGAAGUCGAAAUGAUUACCAUCAUCGAACGGCUAAGCCGAAUAAGUGAAGACAGAAAAACAAAAAUAAUGAUUGUAGACAGAGCAAAUAAUAAUCUACCGCAUAUACGCCAAAUAGGGAUUUUCGAACUAGUCGACAGAUAACCAACAAUGGUGAUUGUUCCUCAGAAAUCAAACGUAGACUAGGAAUGGCCCGAACCGCAACUGCUAAAUUAAUUAAAAUAUGGAAAGACCGAACAAUAACAAGGAAUACUAAGCUUAGGUUGGUCAAUGCCCUUAUUUUUCCCAUUGCUACAUAUGCAGCUGAAACAUGGACUCUCAAAAAAAUCGAUAGGAGUAAGAUCGAAGCCUUCGAAAUGUGGGUAUAUAGGAGAAUUCUACGCGUGUCCUGGACAGAACAUAGAACCAACCUGUCAAUUCUGGAAGAGCUUCAUAUAAAAGACAGGCUACUAAAAAAAGUAAACCAAGCAUACCUAACCUACUUCGGCCACAUAGCUAGAAGAACGGGCACCAUGGAACUAUUGGUAGUAGAAGGUAAGGUAGAAGGCCGAAGACCAAGAGGAAGAUCUCCAAUACGAUGGGUGGACCAAAUGAAGAGUUUGGUGGGAAAAUCCCUACAUGAAGCCGUCCAUACGGCACAAGAUCGCAGUCAAUGGAGACAGCAGACUAAUAUUAUUUAG